AUGCCCGCCCCAACUGCCUUGAAACAAAAUUCAGAGGCACUGGCUGAGCCGGCCAGUGUGCCCCUGCCACAAGCACAGGAUGACGAACUUCUACUCGAUGCGCCGGAUGUGGAACCAACAGACCUGGCUGUCCAAAUCGCCGAAGGAGACACUGAAAUGCACAUCGAUGAGGAGGGAAGACCAAGAUUUGCACCAUCCAAGACUCUUGACGAAAAAACCCGCAUAGAAGUGCGAAAGAUCCCUAUCCCACCUCACCGAUUUGCACCACUCAAGGCAGCAUGGUCAAAGAUGUACCCUCCACUCGUCGAGCACCUCAAACUCCAAGUCCGCAUGAACGUUCACGCCAAGUCGGUCGAGAUCCGAUCCUCGAAACACACCACCGACCCAGGAGCGCUGCAAAAGGGUGCCGAUUUCGUCCAGGCCUUCUCGCUCGGUUUCGAUAUCGACGAUGCCAUUGCUCUCCUCCGGCUAGACGAUCUCUACAUCCAGACCUUCAUGAUUCAAGACGUGAAGUCGCUGCAGGGAGAGCAUCUCGGCAGAGCAAUUGGUCGAAUUGCUGGGAAGGACGGAAAGACGAAGUUUGCGAUUGAGAAUGCGAGUCGGACCAGAAUCGUGCUUGCGGAUUCAAAGAUCCAUCUUCUGGGUGGGUUCAAGAAUAUCCAGAUUGCGAAGACGGCGGUUGUGAGCUUGAUUCUGGGUAGUCCGCCCGGAAAGGUGUAUGGCAAUCUGAGAACCGUAGCUUCGAGGAUGAAGGAGAGAUUUUGA